GGAGGGAGGCGGCCGCAUCCCGGCUGCUCUCCCCGGAACCUGCGCAUGAGCACCGCAUCUCGCCUCCCGCCCUUCCCUCCUCUUUCUCCUCCUCCUCCUUCCUCUCCUUCUGCUCCAGCUCCGCGAGGGCCCGGCCGCCGCUCCGCGCCCCGUCUCGCCCCGGGGAUGCACUGCUCGGCGGCCGCUCGUAGGAGCUGCGCGGCGGGCGGGGAGCGGGAUGGAGGUGGAGGAGGCAUUCCCGCUGGUGGGGCAGAUGGGCCCUUAUCAAGUGUACCUGUGCGUUCUGCUGGCCGUGCUCCUCCAGCUCUAUGUGGCCACUGAAGCCAUCCUCAUUGCGUUGGUGGGUGCAACUCCUCCCUACCACUGGGAUCUCCAAGAGCUCUCAGCUAAUCAGAGCCAUGGCAACCGUUCAGUGAGCGAGCAGAGAGCUUUUGGGGAAUGGCUUCUGAUUGCCAAUGGCAGUGAGGUGCGCAAGCACGUACACUUUGGCAGCAGCUUCACAUCCAUAGUCUCUGAGUGGUUUUUAAUUGGCAAUGCAUCAUACAAAGUCAGUGCUGCCAGUUCUUUCUACUUCAGUGGUGUGUUUGUUGGAGCCAUCUCCUUUGGCCAGCUCUCCGAUCGCUUCGGGAGGAAGAAAGUCUAUCUCACAGGUUUUGCUCUUGACAUCUUGUUUGCCAUUGCAAACGGAUUCUCACCCUCGUAUGAAUUCUUUGCCAUUUCUCGAUUCUUGGUAGGGGUGAUGAAUGGUGGGAUGUCACUGGUAGCCUUUGUUCUACUGAAUGAGUGUGUGGGUACAGCCUACUGGGCAUUAGCAGGUUCUAUUGGUGGCUUGUUCUUUGCAGUGGGAAUUGCCCAGUAUGCUUUAUUAGGGUACUUCAUUCGUUCCUGGAGGACUCUGGCUGUUGUGGUUAACCUGGAAGGAACACUCGUCUUUCUUCUCUCUCUAUUCAUUCCCGAGUCCCCCCGCUGGCUCUAUUCCCAGGGCCGUCUGAACGAGGCAGAAGAUGCCCUCUACCUCAUUGCAAAGAGGAACCGCAAGCAGAAAUGCACUUUCUCAUUAAAACUCCCAGCAGAGAGGAGCUCCAGAGAGGCUGGCAGCUUUCUGGACCUGUUCCGAUACAGGAUUCUCUUGGGACGCACCUUGAUCAUGAUGUUCACCUGGUUUGUGUGCAGCUUGGUUUACUAUGGUCUUACCCUUAAUGUGGGUGACUUAGGUGGAAGUAUUUACGCCAAUUUAGCCCUGUCAGGCUUGAUAGAAAUCCCAGCGUACCCAAUCUGUAUUUACUUGAUUAACCAAAAGUGGUUUGGUCGGAAGCGAACAUUGAGUGCGUUUCUGUUCCUGGGAGGAUUGGCUUGUCUUAUUGUCAUGUUUCUGCCUAAGAAGAAAGAUACUGGAGUGUUUGCAGUGGUGAAUAGUCACUCUCUGUCUUUGCUGGGAAAACUGACAAUCAGUGCUGCUUUUAACAUUGUCUACAUCUACACAUCAGAACUUUAUCCUACAGUCAUCAGGAAUGUUGGAAUGGGUGCCUGCUCCAUGUUUUCCCGUGUUGGUGGAAUCAUUGCGCCUUUUGUCCCUUCAUUGAAAUCUGUACAGUGGUCUCUGCCUUACAUUGUGUUUGGAGCAACUGGUCUGUUGUCUGGGCUCUUAAGCUUAUUGUUGCCAGAGACCUUAAACAGCCCUUUGCUAGAAACUAUAUCAGACCUGCAAGUGUGCUCAUACUGGAGGCUGGGUGAUGAAGCCAUGUCAUUACAAGCCCUAGAUGGCUCACAGUCUGGAGACAAAGACAGUUCUACAGGGAGUGGAAGUGAAGAUGAGGAGUUCUAUGAUGCUGAUGAAGAGACUCAUAUGAUCAAGUAAUGCAAAGAAGAAACACUGGCUUAUUUUAUGGUUCUUCUUGUCCAGUCAGUUCAGCUAUAUGACAAGUACUGGGGACCUUGCUUGUCAGGGAAUGUAGUUGGACAAGUGCCUGUGUUUUUCCUUAUUAGGAGAGGGAUUUGAGUACUGUUCAGACUGAUGAUGUCACUGAUGCGCUCCAUACGAGGCAGCCAUUCCAAAUCUUGUGGUUCAGAAUGACAGUGCAUGGACUGCAUUUGAAGCCAGGUGAGACAGCAAGAGUGGGAUGAUGUAUUUCAGAAGCCCAGGAAGUAACCUAGGCUUAGACAGAUUUGGACAGAUCAUCAGUGCACAUGUUGGUAUUUUAUUUUCAACGUGGUGGAUUUUGUUCCAGUACAAAUUGAUAAACUUGAAAACAACCACUGUAUUUUUCCAUAGGAUGAAAGUGGUCAGAGAGAGUGCUGUGUGCUACUCCACUGGGAACAAAUUGCCGAAAUUGUAUGUUAAAAUGGCUUUUGCAUAUUCAGUAAGAGGAGAGGCAGCUAUGAACAUAAGGUUUCUUUGUGUGCACACCUGUGCAGAGUUACAGGUGCAGCUGGUUAGUCAUGAGCUGGGCUUUAACUUAGUGAUAAUGGAAGGCUGGGAGGAAGGACUACACAAAAGAUCAACCACAAAGCCUGAAAAUGUAAGGAAUGUUACUCACUUUUUUCUUUCUUUUCAUACACGAAAGCUUUUUCUUGGUCUGUCUUGUGCAUAUGUUUGCCACGUGUUCCCCACAUCUCAGCACUGCUGUUCAUAGCUUUGCCUAGUUUUACCUUGUCUUCACUUUUGCCAUAAAUACUGAAGCUCAGCAACUUCUCUGUGGAGUGAAAUAAUUCCGUGACAGAUAUCAUUUCCUGGGUGUGACAAAGGUGAGGUAUUUAUCGCAUACCGUGUGUGUGGUGUGUUAGAAUGUAUAGCUCACUUUUUUGGACCUAUCUGGGUCUUUAUUUCUGGAAAAGACUUAACUCUGAAGUGGUGAGAGGAACUGUGGGGUGCUGUUAUAUUUUGGGCAUUAUUGUCAGGAAGCUGCUAGUGUUUAUUUUUAAAUAAUCUUGUGUGUAGAUAGGUUCUUAUUUAAAAGGAAAGCAAAUCUCUUUGGACUUUUUUGGUUAUUUGAUGUUUUUUAACUAGUGCUUGCUCAAGCACUUGGUUACUUGGCCUUGUUAAGGAAAACAACUUCACUUCCCUGUUUCCACUGAACUUUCUGUACGUGCUUCAUUCAAGGGAUAUGGAAUCAUGAAAUAUGAAACAUGAACAUUUGAAAUUCCAACUACAAAAAUGAGGCUUUACAAAGAUUCAGUUUUCUUGAGGACAUUGUCAUCUUCAUCCUCUAACCUGCGGCUUUCUCUUUGUUAAGAUUGGUUUCCAUAAAAUGUUUGUUAGUCUUCCUACUUGGAGUCCCUAGCAAAGUGCCACACAAUGGCAGCAAAUAUAUUUUCAGGCUCACUAGCCAUUUUUGCAAAUCUUAGAAUUAAAAAAGGGUGUGUAAAAAAUCAAAAAGCUGUCUGCUGAAUACUUCCUGGUUAAACUGGGAAGUUCCUUUACUCUGCAAGGAAGUGCAAGUAAACAGCACCUAAAGUUUGCAGCUAGCUGCUUGAACUUUGCUCACUGGGAACUGUAAUGCUGAGCCAAGUGCAACUACCCUGGCUGGUGCAGAGGGCAGCCCAGAGUCUGCACGUGCAGGGUUUCCACUGGGUCUGAACUUGAUCCAGGUGUUGACUAAAGAAAGUUGGGAACUUCAGUCCCUAUGGACAGUGUAUCAAUAUUGUUGUGAUUUUUGCCUGUAUUACAAGCUUUACUAGAAGAAUUCUCACCCAUGCUCUUCACUUUUUUUUCCGCCCCAGAAUGUUGAGUAGUUGUUGUAGGUGUGGCACUUUUUAACCCAACUGGGUGGUCUUCCUGCCUUACUUGGCCCUUUUGUAUAUAAGAAAAUUUCACCAAAUAAGGUACUCAGUAGUUGAAAAGGUUGAAUCUAUUCAAAUAUUUUUAAAUCUUUUAUUCACAUUUUAAUUUAUGGACAGCUGGGAAAAUGACUUUUUGUUGCUGAUGGCAAACAGCAGCAAGCCUGGCAGUAUUAACAUGUUGCCAAGAGCCAACAGUUGUUUUUAGGUGUUUCUUGCCUCUGUUCCUCCUUGGGUGGUGGGUGGUAUAAGUCAGGAACUGUCAUUAUCUACUCCUGGCAACCCUGUGUAAUGCCACAAGACACCUCAAUAUAAUUUUCAUUAGCAGUAGGAUCCUGUAAUGGUUCAGGUGGAGAAGAUCACUCUUUACAGGACCUGAGCUAGAUUUUGUUACAGUUUAAAAUUAAAUUUACCUCUCCACUCAUGUACUUUUAUAUCAUUGGUAUACAUAUGUAAAAUUGCAAAAAAAUGAGUGAAGACAAAAUUAGCAAUUUUUUUGCAUAGGAAUUGCUGCUCUUUUUUUAACCUUGAAUCUGUCCCAUGUUUUCACCAUUGGAAUUUUAAAGUGAAUAUUUAAAAAGGAAUAUUACAUCUUCCAUUGUUACUUUCCUGUAUCAGUUACAUCAGAAAGCUUAGAGGAGAGAAUCCCUGCAGGAGGAGCUCAGCAAUGUAGCAUCAGACUUUGCUCUCCAGCUUUGUGUUCUGAAGUUCACAUCCAUUAGGCGCAUUAAGUUUCUUUUCUGAGGCCGUUCAUUUUUAAUAUGAGCUGGCCUUCUGGUACAGAAACCUGCAGGAUCACUUUUUUCCUUACCCAUAAUAUGUAAUGCUUUACAAUAUUGAGAUAGUCAUGCUCUGUAUAGCAUUCACUGGUGAGAGGUGCAACACAGUGUUCUGUAGCCCGUGUGCAUUUCCUGUGUCUAGGUGGAGCACCACUGCUGAGCAGCUGUUCCUCACUGAACAGUGCCUGUUGUUGUGGGUCUCACAACCAUGGUACUUUAAAGCCCAAGUCAGAAGGUCGGAGAGAACUUGUGAUUUUGAAGUCUGAGCAGGCUCAGACUUCAAUUGAAUUUCAGUGUCUGGGUAGUAAAUUUGCCAUGAGGAGCUCCUGGAAAGCAGAGGAUGAUACAGCACUGGAUACAUCAGUUUACUACAUGUUGUAGUGCUAAGAGUCUGAGGCCCAAGGCCCUUCUAUGCUUCAGUGCAAUAUGAUAAUCUUCUCCCAUGUUUUUUGCUAGAGUAGCUGGCACUGUUGGCUAUUUUUGUGUUGUGCAAGCACUAAGAUACCUUUUCCCAAGAUGGAAUUUCUUCUCUGGAUUCCUUUGGCUGUGAUUUUUUUUUUUUUUUUUUUUUCAGGUAGCUCACUUAGUGGGAUUAUGUUAGAGAGGAGAGAGCCUUUCCCUUGGUGCUGAUUAGUCAGGUCUUAAUACUGUCUCAGCAGAAUCCCAAACAUACCUCACCUAGCUGGGGACCUCAAGUGAUGAGUGAAUACAGCUAAGAGUGAAGGAGAGUGACAGGUCAUGUGAGGCAGCAUGGAAGAGAAUGAGCUGGAAGAAGUAAAAAACAGUGGAGGAUUCAGCUGAAACACUUUAGGGCAAGGGUAAGUGAAAACACAAAAUAGCAGCUGGUGGGUAGAAAUAGCCCUCUUGCUCCUUGUCUUCACUUUAAGCUUCUGCUUUCAGAGCUAGUAUUGGUUCCAGGAGGUCAUACUGGGCAUAUCAGUUUCAUAAUUUCCUUUUUAAUGUCAGCUGUGUCCAGCACUGCCUCUUUAGUGAUGAAACGUUUCUUUGGAUCAAUAUAAAAUGUGGCCUGCCUGUUUUCUUUUGGACUCAGCUUCUUUAUGAAAUGGCAUGGCACCAGAAUAAUUUUUUGGAGAGUGUUGUAUAACUGGUCAUUAUGGCUUAAUUUGCCAGCUUUCCUUUAGGACAGGAAUGUUGGAAUUAUUUGAUGUGUUUGUCAUGCAACCUCUUGUGAAAUUAUACUUCAGCCUUCUAAAAGGAUUUUACUACCUGGCUGUUUUUGAUAGGCUGAAGAGAAUACAAUACAAGUGAUUAGACAAGUUUAUUUUUUUAAACGUCCCCUGAAAACAAAGCUAGUGCUUUCUCUAUAGGAAUUGGGAAAGUGCUGCUCAGAGACCCCUGACAUGCCAGAAACUUAGAAGCUCUGUGUUAAAGGAGGGCCAGAGAUCACUCUCUGUUCAGGUCAGGAUGCUGAGUGGAGAAGAUGCCCGCACCCCUCCUGACACCCCUAAUUAAUGUGGAGCAGGUUGUAGGUUGUUUCCACCAUAGUUACAGUCAAGGCUUUAAGGAUGGGAUCCACAUGCUCAUCAGCUCACAGUGUGCAAUCCAUGCCAGGGUUUCCAAACUGUGUGGACAUACUGAGGUUAGUAGGGUAUCAUUUACAGAACCAUGGGGAAUGCAGUUGAGCCAUGUAUUUUCCAGUGUAUUUCAGCUAAGCAUAUAAAAGCACUUUGCAACAGAAUGUGUUUUUUGUACUGAGGUAAAGGGGAAAGUGAGGAAUUUUUCCUGGAGUGUGUUAAAAGAAACAUCUGAGCUAAAACUCUUGUUCCUGAGUCUUCUGCAUAAUCACGGAAUGCAGAUUUGUUAAGUAGUAGUUUGUUUUAACUGAAGCUGUGUAUCCCUUUUCCCACCCUGUUAGAGUUUCCCUGGUCAUGCUCUUUGACCCAGCUGAAACUGUGACUGCAAACUGUGAGCCUUGCAGUAAAGAUGUCAGAAAAGCCCAAGAGCGGUGCUGUCAUUUGAUGGUGGAAGUUAGUCUGGCCUGACACAGUGUCUGUGUCAGAAAUGUCUAUAUUCAGCUGUUUACCAAACAGGAGACUUAGGGUAUAGCUGUAUUUUGAGUCUCAUUCAUUUUAUCUUACUGAGAGAUUGUUACAUGGAAGAAAGACACCUACAUAAGAAAACCUCUCUGGCAGAUCUAACUGUAGAAUUGGAGGGCAAACAAAUUUAUACAUAAUUUUUCCAUGCUGUGUAUUUUUAAUGCCUUGUCUAGUCUGUUGUAGCCUUCAGAUUUUCCAGGUGCUACUGUUAUUUAAGGCUAGAGGAGCUGGGUAAAACUUUUACCCCAACAGUCUGAAUUUACUGAACUUUCUUAUCUUAAUUUUAGUACUACUUUCUGUUUCUGUCAUUCUGAAAAGUGCUCCUAUAUGUGCCUAAUAGGGAACGGGGUUCUUUGUUCUAAUUUGAAGUGCCUGUUUUAUAAAAACAGUCUUUAAUUUCCUCAGUAAAUUUUAUAUGGGACUAUGUGUAAAGUAGCAUCAUAGAAUUGGAUUAUUUAAGUGCCAAAGACAGUUUUUGCUGGAAAGCAAUAGCCCAAAACUAGUUCUAGCUUCCUUCAUUUAGAAUUCUUCCAUGCAGCCUGCCAGAACUGGUAUUUACAAGCAUCCCUGAAACUAUAGGGACAGAGAGUUACCUUUGUUUGCUUGUCUUUCAUUGCUCAGUUCACUUAAGUAGCUUUUGUUUCUGAGAAACCAAAGAAAUUAAAUGAAGGAUUAAAGUGUUCAUUUUGUAGGACGUUCAGAAUUUAUACCAUGGAGCUAUUACAGGGAAAUCUGCCGAGCCUGUUUGAUUCUGAGUUGCAAAUGUCAAAGUUUAGUUAAAGACUGAUAAAACCUGGUUAAAAACUACACACUGGAAUUUGUUUGUCCAUUCAUCAAUCUUAAAAAUUAACAUUGUUAGUAAACAGCUUGCCUGCAGCUUCAUGGAAUCUAGCAUAUUUUUAUAAAAUGCACACUCUGAGGCAUUUGUAAAUAAUAAUGUAUAAAUUUUAAAUCCCGAUUACAACUAAUAUUGACUGCAAGUCAGCCUUGUCAUGCCUGCAUAUUUGUCAGUAAAAAAGCAGGUGGAUAAAACUUUGUGCAGCAAGGGCUGAUUACCCCCAGAAGAAAGAUUAUUUCUUUUAAACCAUUCUCUACUGUGUGUACAGAAUGAAGGGGGACCAUGGGGUGUCAGGGUAUUCUCAUGUCUAGCAAGAUUGUAGGUUGGAGUAUGUUCAAGUACUUGCCCACCCUCAUUUACUAAAGGUUUCUAGAGGAAAUCUGUCUUUAUCAUGCUGUUACUGCUUCCCACCAACAGAUCUGAGGUGCUCAUAUUAUACCUACCUUGUCAGGAACCAGGCAGAAAGUAUGGCAGUAAGAAAACCUUUGCCAUUAUUGAAAGUUGUAUUUACUUAAACAUAUCCUGGGAGAGAGAUCUGGUACAUCUGUUUUGAAACAAAAUGUUUUUAAAUUAUGGAAACCUGAUUGGGAGACAGGCAUUUCUGAUGUUAGUUUGUAGGAAAAAUCAGUUUUGCAGAUACUGAUGAAAACUGUUACAGAACAAACAACUGCUAGGUGAUUUGUGAUGAGAGCUGUGCAUGCUGUGAUUUCAAGUAUGCCUCUAAAAUACUGGUUUCUAAUAUUUGAUCCCUUUCACUCCUCAAAAUCCAAACCAAGUUUUAUUUUGUUCUUGUUAAAAUUUGAGUAAUGUGGGAAAGGGAAGUAUAUUUUUCAUAUGGAUACUUUUUUUGCACUACCUUUGCCUCCUGAGUCAAAUAAUAGUUUGAUUUUUUUAAGCUACCUCUUUAUGUUGAGCUUUUUUUGUCACUUUUGUAUUUUAUUGAUUUUUGGGAAACUACAAAAUAUUUCCUUUUUUAUUUGUGUGGGAAUCCAUGGCUUAAAGUCCUCAAGUCAUCCUUCUCUUUAAAGUUUUUCUCAAAGGCCUUUUAAAUUUAGUUAAAAGACUUAUGACUUUCAAGGAGCAUAAUAAUUACACGGUUAGAACAUGGCUUUUCUGUAUAUACUGUUUGCCUCUAAAAGGGCCAGAAAGCCCUUAAUUUUUUACUAAUGUCAGUUGAGGACAUGACUUUUCAGGGGCAGUAAGUUUUGAACUGGGGGGCUUUAAUCAAUUUAAUUUAUUGCCAAUUCGAGUUUUUAGUUUCUGCUUUGGUAUUUGAAUUAAAAAUAAUUAAAACACUUAAGAAAAACACUGCUGCUUUUCUCCAGACACUGGUCUUCCUUCUCUCUCCCCAUGCCAUCCUCAAAUUCCUUGACUGCUUGUCAUGCUCAAUCCCUUCAGCAAGGCAACAGGCAGCACAGGAGACUGGGAUCAGUCUGUUGUGCUUCUGUUUAUUUGCUGCUCUUCAUUUCUUGUUCCGCUGCUCUCUUGUGGGUUUCAGCACCAGGCACAGUCCCUUUAGAGUUGUAGCUCCUUUUGAGUCUGCUCUCGGCCUCUGCUCAGGCUAUGAUUUUCCUUUGGUGUUUCUCCUGCUCAGCUGUCUCUCAGUUUCUCUUGUGCUGGCGUGGGCUUAUCCUUUUUUCCUCUUCGUGUUGCAGCACUGUAAUCUCUUUUUCUUGGCAUUUACAGCCCUGUCUUAAACAUGCUUUUGUCAAAGUGCCAGCUGCUCCUCUGGCAGUGUUGGAGUGCAGUGGGUUAGUGCUCACUGGGCCCAAGAGGCAGUGGGCACUAUGUGAAACACAGGAGGAUCCAUCUGAACGUAAGGAAGCACUUUUUUAAUGUCAGGGAGAUGGAGCACUGGCACAGGUUGGCUGGAGAGGUUGUGGAGUCUCCAUUUGUGCAGAUACUCAGGAGUCAUCUGGACAUGGUCCUAAGCAGUCUGCUUUAGUAGUUGGUUCUGCUUGAGCAGGGAGGUUGGACCCGGUGACCUCCAGAGGUCCCUUCCAUCCUCAGCCAUUUUGUGAUUCCUAUGCUGGCUGCUGCUGAGCUGUCUGGGACCAGCACAGGCAGUCCCUGGCAUCUUCCCUUACAAGACACCCUGCAGCCCCCUCACUGCCAAGGCCCUGACAGCUGUGCUCGUACACUGCUCUACAGGGUUUUCUUGCAAAUCAAGUCCUUAGCUUGGGCUGACAGUUUGAGAGUGGUGGUUGGUACUGUAUUGCCUUUCUGUGUUGCUGUUGUCUUAGGUCAAGUAACUGAAACUCCUAAGGAUAUAAUCAGACAUUUACAGCCAAGUUCUGUGUCUGUUUGCAUUUACAUCCUUGCUAAUUUCAGAAGACAGAACUUGGACCUCCUCUUGACCAGAGGACCAGCCAAAGGAGUAACUCACUUUUUUACUGCUCCACCCUUCAUCAUAAUGAAAACAAAUCUUUGUAUAGUCUCUAUAUCCUGUAGACUUUGCAUUGUUUUUUUACUCCCAUUUAAUUUGAUCUAACAAUCUAAAGUCCUUGCCACUUGAGAGCUGAGUAACAGGAAAUUGGUGGCGGGGGCAGGGGGAGCAGAUUCAGUUCAAAAAUGAAGUUUGUAUAUAGUUGAUGUGUGUAUUGUUGAAUAUUUAAUUUGGAUUAAUGGAAUACUGAGUGUUAUGACCCUUCCCAUGUUAAAAUGAGGACUGAUAUAUUUCAGAAGUACUUUCUCUUCUUUAACUGUAUUGGUGUGUUACUGUUAACUCAGAGCUGUACUGCUGAAAACUCUGUUGGUAGAAUACUUCAUCUGAGAAGUCACAACUGAAGACAGCAUAAGCUUUUCCACAGUAGACCUUUUAUGGUGAUAUAAUCAUAUGUUCUGUGAACAGCUGUUGGAUCUAUCUUUUUAAGAUGUUCUUUGCCAUAGGUGAGGGGCCAUAACAAAUGUUGAAAUAUUCAAAAUAAUUGCACUUAUCUAUUCUGUUUUCUUAAUGUAUUUCGUAUGCAUACUGCCUUACCUGUAUGUAUUGUACUUCACCGGAGGCACAAAAGUAAAUACCAGGUUUUUAAUUUACAAUAUGUUAAUGAGUUUUUAAAAUAAUUCUGUAAUACUAAAUAUUUUCCAGUGAUCUCUGUCUAUCAAGAGAGGGUGAUGGUGGGUAAGCCCAGGUGAAUUUAGUCAAAAGUUAAUAUUGGUGGUCUUUGCAUUCUCUUUUAAUUUCUGAAUUACUUUGAUAAUUUUAAAUACAUCUUUUCUUUUAGGAAUUUUGUAGAGGCUGACCUAUGUUAGUAAGCCAACUUUUAGGUGAUUUGUAACAGCUCUGAUACUGCCUCUGACUCGUACAGUUCAUCCAAUGUCUUUGUAACUUAUUUUGUGCCUUUUCUUCCCCUGACACAAAAUGUCUCAAUAAAAACAACUUAUUUUGCAACACUCCAAA